ACCGAGCGACGGAGAGCUGCGCACAACAUGAGGCCCUCAGCAUGCUCGUCGCGCCCGCUCGCCUUUGGCUCCACCCUCGCUAUUCUUCUUUCUUCCGCAUCCGCCCGUAAUUUCACUCAAGCACCGUCGCCGAACAUUGAUCUCUCUGGCCUCGGCCGCGUCGCUCUAGCUGGCGACUUCGACUCAAUAUCUCUUUACACCUACGAAGGACAAAAUCAAAACGCAAACUUUGGCAAUGGCAGUCAAUACCUCUUCUCCGAGUAUCCCGAUGGCUCAUUCCAAAGUCUUGCCCUCGCCGAUGCAUACAUCACUACCAUGUGCCCAUUCGUCAGCCAUGGUGCUCUCCAGGGUGUCGUCGUAGGAGGCAACUUCACCAGUCUGGGCGGCGUCCCCGCUCAGGGAAUUGCUCUAUGGAACCCGAACACGACCAAAAUCACCCCUCUGGACGGUCUCUCCGGUUCCGUGUCGGCCGUGUAUUGCGACGACGAAUCUUCUACAGUCUAUGUUGGAGGCACUUUCACCGGAGGCAAUUCGUCAAACGCCAUUGCCUGGACUACUGGUUGGACAAAUCUUCCUUUUGCUGGCUUCAACGGUCCCGUCACAUCCAUCGCCAAGAGCUCCAAUGGUUCCAUCAUCUUUGGCGGUUCUUUUGAAGGUCUAGGCAACACAACCACCCCCACAAACAGGGACGUUCAGGUUAUCAAUCUUUCUGCUGGAAACAUUACCUCUGGUGCCUCGACUUCGACCUCUGGAUUCAGCGAUCCCCGCAACAUCAUUUGCCAGACUGGUGACGAUUCUGCUGGAAACGCAUGGCUCCUCGAGGACAAUACUCCUGGUUUCUGGAGAGGUUCAUUUGGCUUUGGUUUCAAUCCCACAAAGCUGCGCCUAUACAACACCAACCAGGAUGGCCGUGGAACCAAAACCUGGCGCUUCACUGCUUUCCCUAUCAACGGUAUCAUGAACUUCACCUACACGGACGAGAGCGGUGGCCUUGCCUCUUGCACUGCCAACUGCCCUCUGCCUCAAGGCAACACUUCAUACCAGGAUUUCCACUUUGUCAACUCUGUCGGCAUGAACGACUUCCGCAUCGAUAUCUCUGCUUGGUACGGCGCUGGUGGUGGCUUGAGUGGUAUCGAGUUGUUCCAAGACGACAUCUACGCAUUUGCAAUCUCCGAUUUCAAUGAGCCCCGUUGCGACAGUGUUAGUACCACUGGUGCCAACUCGACUGCUACCGGUCCUUGGGUGCAGACUCCCUCGGGUCUUAGUACGUCCGAUUAUCUUACCGCCUCGUUGAACAGCAGCGUCACCGCCAAUGCCAACGCUGCACAGGUCGUGUUCAUGCCCGACAUCAAGCAAUCUGGAAACUACUCGGUCACUCUGUACACUCCGGGCUGCCUCCAGGACGACACUUGUUCGUCUCGCGGCAUUGUGAACAUUACCGCAUCCAUGACCACAGAGGAAGGCGCUGUCGCUACUACUCUGUACCAAACAAACUACUACGACAAGUACGAUCAAAUCUACUACGGCUACGUAGAUGCUGCCUCCGACUCUUUCCGCCCAGAGGUCACUCUGACUCCAGUCGCUGGCCAGAAUGCUCCUCUGACUGUCGUGGCACAGCGCGUUCGCUUCGAGCUGGUCACCUCAACAGGUGGUCUGAAUGGCCUUUACGAGUACGACCCCAAUGUUGCCACUGUCAACACCGACUUUUCCGCUUCCAAGGUUGACUCUGCUGCCAUGUCGCUGGAUAUGGGCGCCAAGAUCAACGCUCUUGCUGUAUACAAAGAUGUGACCUAUGUCGCUGGCAACUUCUCGAACGGCGACAUUCACAACAUCUUCAGUAUUGGCAGCGGAAAUGCCACCUCGCUCCCUGGAGGCGGACUCAAUGCUGUGGUACGCACCAUGUACCAGAACGAGUCUACCAUCUAUGUUGGUGGUAAUUUCACCAACACUGUGACAGCUCAAACCUCUGGUCUCAACGGUAUUGCUGCUUUCUCCGUUGAUGACAACUCAUGGAAGGCACUUGGCGCUGGUGUGAACGGUCCCGUGUGGGCAAUUGUUCCUCUACAACUGAACAUUACUGGUAAAGAUCAAGAAACCGUUCUCGCUGUGAGUGGUGCCUUCACCAGCGUCAACGCUGUUGGUAGCAAUGCCACCUACUCUGCUAAGGGUUUCGCCGCUUGGGUACCUUCUCGGGGCAACUGGCUUCACAACUUGGCGAAUGCAACUGUUGCCUUGAGCGGCGGCUUGCUGGCGCAAACUGAAGUAGCCAACUACGGCCAACUCCUCGCCGGGUCCCUCGUUGCUUCGCAGAUCGGCAUGGGUGAUGCAGUCGCCCUGAGUGGCUCUGGUCGUCCUAACCUUUCGCCGCUUGGUAUCUCCAUCUCUCCUUCGCAGCAGUCUUCCAGCAUGCGCAAGAGAGCCGCUGACAGUCAGAAUGUCACUGGUGUCGCUACUGGCUACUUCUACCUUGAGAACGGCAAGAACAUGACCAUUCUUGGAGGUCAUUUCACUGCCAACUCUUCUGCUGGAACCACCAUUGACAACCUUCUCAUCAUCGAUAACACCAACGGCCAGAAUGUCAUUGGUCUUCCCAGCACUAUUGAUGCAGACUCGACUGUUCUUGCUCUCGAAGUUCGUGAUACUAGUCUCUUCGCUGGCGGCUCAAUCACUGGAACAGCCAAUGGCGACAACGUUAAUGGUCUCCUUGUUUGGGAUCUGUCGAAGAAUGCGCUCGCCACCAGCCAGCCCGCAGCACUCGCCGGCAAUUCUGUCAUUGUCAACACUGUCGCAGCACAGCCUGGUUCUUCCAAUGUCUUUGUUGGAGGCAACUUUGAGAACGCCGGCUCCAUGUCCUGUCCUUCGUUCUGCAUGUACGACACAUCGAGCGGACAAUGGAUGNCCCCCGCAUCUGGCUUGAGUGGUACCAUCAACGCCAUGACCUGGAGAUCUAACAAUCAACUGAUCGUGGGUGGUGAUUUUACCAUUGGCGGCAACCACACCAGGCUGGCUCUCUACGACUCCAAGAAGCAGACUUUCACCGAUUUGGGCGCUUCAGCCAAUCUGCCCGGCGCCGUCACCUCCAUGACACCGGCUAAUCCCAACUACGAUGCUUGGUGGGUCGCAGGUACUGCAAACAAUGGAUCCUCGUUCUUGCAAAAGUAUGAUGGUACCAACUGGCACUCUGUCACUGGCCUCGGUUCCGCAACCAACAUCAGAGGUCUCCAAAUCAUCUCUCUCACCCAGAAGCAUCAGCUGAGCGACCUUGUUCCCUCAAACGAAGUCUUGUUGCUGACCGGUUCCAUUGAGCUUCCUGACAAUGGUAACGCCAGCGCUGUGUUGUUUAACGGAACCACUUUCCAACCUUUCGUCCUUACUACAACCGCAAAUGGUGGACAAGGAACUCUGAGCGGCAUGUUUGUCCAAAACCCCAGCAACUUCCUGAGCUCCAAGUUCCUGAUCGGCCUUGCAAUCGCUUGCGCCCUGACGUUCCUGCUGGUUGUCAUCGGCAUAUUAGUCGAACGACACCGUCGCCGCAGACAGGGUUACGUGCCCAUGCCUCAGUUGAGACCGGAUCAACAUGCCAAUCUGAACAGGAUCCCGCCGGAGAGUUUGUUCGGCACGUUAGAGAAACGUGACACUGCACCUCGGGUGUGA